AUGUCCCCAGCAUCUGACCGCGCGAAAUUUUACUAUCUCCCUGAACGUCAACUGACUCCGCAAGAAAUCUUUGACACACCCGAAAGAUACGGAAAACUCCAUGGAUGCCAGAUGUUUAUGGUUAAUCUCUGCACCGAAGUCGCGAUGCAUGGAUAUUUUGGAAAGCUGACUCCGGGUAAUGUGAUCAUUGAUUAUGAUGGGUGGAAGGAUAUUAUAAACUAUACCAAUAAUGAUAAGCCUGUGUCGAUUAGUGGUUCCGACUGGGAUAUACUGUUUACUGUUUAA